ACACACGCGCACACACACACACACAGGGAGCCGAACUUUCACUUUCUAUCCGACAUGCAGAUCCGCCUGCUCAAAGAACAUGACAUUAAACAUUCAGAGUAACGCCGGUUAUAACGCCUGUUAUAACCGCAUCCACAGAACAAACGCAAACGCUGAACCGCGGAUUAUUUCAUUUCUGCUGCUGGCUGUGAUUCUGGGAGCCGAAGUUUUAAUCACAGCCGCGCUGUUGUACAGCUUCACCCGAGAGCUACACACGGCCAGUGAAUCUCUGGACCAUGACGUUUUCCCGACCGAGUGUCUUCACCAUCAGCCGGCAGCGAUGCACGUUGCAGGCCUGGCAAGCUGUGACCACAUGAGGCAAGAACUUCUGAACAGCAUGAAUACGAGACUCUUGCUGGACGUCCGGAACUCCUUAUGGCAGAGUUUAGGAGAACACAACAUCACCCAGAGCUUCAAACCAGCGAUACAUGUUGGGGCAAAGCAGGAGCUCAAGCAGUAUCACCGCCUGCAGAGAACAGGUGAUUCUCAGGAUUCCUGGCUUGUGUUAGAGUGUCUAAACUGGGAUGUCCUGAGUGGACAAAGCACUCAGGAGGGCCUGAUGAUCCUCAGUCCUGAUGGAGAAAUCGUGGUGCCUCAGGAUGGGAUUUAUUUUGUCUACUCACAGAUGAAUUUCAAAACCUCACGCUCAAGACCUGAUCUCCAGCUGGUCCAAUACUUAUUCAAGAGAACGGCAUCACAUCCGGCGCUGAUGAUGCUUGGUAAAGCUGGAGCGGGUUGGAGUCUCGAUUCCCAAUCCUCUGUGGGUCUGUACUCCAGCCACCAGGGGGCAUUGUUCCAGCUCGAGCAGGGAGACAGGCUCUCAUUGUGUGUCAGCAACAUGGACACUGUUCUCCUUCAACCAGAGGCAACUUACUUUGGGGCAUUUAUAAUAGACUGACACGGCUUAUGCAGAAGGACAUGACAGGACAGGCUACUGACUUCUUUGUUAACUUUGCUGAGAGACAAC